AUGUGGGGUCGCUACUCGUUAAUCUUCCUUGAAUCCAAUAUCUUUCAUUAUAACCACCACUUGUAUCCUCACCAUUUUACAUUUAAGCCCUUUGAAACUACAGUAAUUAUGACACACUAAUCAUGGUUUUAAAACUCAUGGGUAAGCAUGUUUAUUUAUCUUUUUUUACAAUAGGGCAUCAUUCGUAAUAAUGAAGAAGCCAAAGGGCUUAUCAUUAGAAAAAUAAACUUGCUGAUUUUGAAAAUCCACUCCCCCCCAAUUCAAAUCUGAGCUUUGAAGGCUACUUCAAAAAGCAUUUAAUUUCAUCCUCAAGCUUCCUUAUUGUUCCAUUAUGAGCACACUGAGCAUUUGAAGAUCCGUGCAUGUCCACCUUGAAAGAUAACAACAGUACACUCUAGCACUCAUGCCCCGUAACGCUCCGAGAAUCGAGAUGCCGGAAUCCGAAGAGAACGAGUUCGCGAGCUUCUCUCUGUUCUCCCCCUCACGAGCUCCUCUGAAUUCGAUACCAGAUCCAAGUCAAUUGCAGAAGACGACUCGUCUCUCCGGUUUCGAUUUGGCUCAGAAACUGGAACUCGCGAGAACGCAGGGUCCGGAGAGGAGAUUCGAAGGUAGAGCUGGUGCGCACGAUUCGAACCCUAGGAUUGUAACUCGUAAUGCGAGAUCUAGGUCGGAGCCAAACUCCGCGCAGAGUACGCCGACUAGGAGCGGCGCUAGGGUUUCUCUAGGCGGCGGUUGUGUUACCGGAGCGAGAGUUGCUCAGUCCUUCGUUGGAAGAGGAAGGAUCCCAAGAGGGAUUUCUAUGGCUGAUUGUGCGGAAACAGCUCCACAUUUUGAGAUGAAUGAAGAUCAUUCGUUUUGGAAAGAGCAUAAUGUGCAGGUUUUGAUAAGGCUGAGGCCAUUGAGCACAAUGGAAAGAGCUACUCAAGGACAUGGUAGGUGUUUAAAGCAGGAGAGUCCACAGACAUUGCUCUGGUUAGGCCAUCCAGAGACCAGAUUCACCUUUGACCAUGUUGCCAGUGAGACUAUCUCUCAGGAGAAACUAUUUCGCGUUGCUGGGCUGCCUAUGGUGGAGAAUUGUUUGUCUGGUUACAACAGCUGUGUGUUCGCCUACGGUCAGACUGGUAGUGGCAAGACCUAUACUAUGAUGGGAGAGAUAUCUGAGGCAGAGGGAAGCCUCGGUGAAGACUGCGGAGUUACUGCUCGUAUUUUUGAGUACCUCUUCUCAAGAAUAAAAAUGGAAGAAGAGGGAAGGAGAGAUGAAAAACUUAGAUUCAGUUGCAAAUGUUCUUUUCUUGAGAUAUACAACGAGCAGAUUACCGACCUCUUGGAGCCAUCCUCGACCAAUUUGCAAAUCAGAGAAGACUUAGGAAAAGGGGUUUACGUGGAAAAUCUUGUAGAACUUAAUGUGAGAACUGUUAAUGACGUUUUAAAGCUUCUAUUACAGGGAGCUGCAAACCGGAAGAUUGCAGCAACUCAUAUGAAUAGUGAAAGCAGCAGAUCCCACAGCGUUUUCACGUGUACAAUCGAGAGCAUCUGGGAGAGAGAUUCCCUAACCCAUUCAAGAUUUGCCAGGCUAAAUUUGGUCGAUUUGGCUGGUUCUGAAAGGCAGAAAAGCUCAGGUGCGGAAGGGGAUCGCCUAAAAGAAGCAGCAAACAUUAACAAAUCCUUAUCCACUCUGGGCUUAGUGAUAAUGUCUCUGGUGGAUUUGGCACAUGGGAAACAUAGACAUGUUCCGUAUCGGGAUUCACGACUUACCUUUCUACUGCAGGAUUCUCUUGGGGGUAACUCUAAAACAAUGAUAAUAGCCAAUGUCAGCCCAUCUCUUUGCUCUACCAACGAGACUCUCAGCACACUGAAGUUCGCACAACGAGCUAAACUCAUCCAGAAUAACGCUAAAGUCAAUGAAGAUGCCUCUGGGGAUGUCACAGCACUCCAACAGGAAAUAAGAAAGUUAAAGGCUCAACUGUCCUCUCUCGUAAAGAGCCAUAACUCAUGUGGGGCUCUUUCAGACUGCAUCGCUUCUCUUGACGAGCCCAGAUAUUCUGGUGCGUAUGAAGUAGCAAGAAAAACACAAGAAGACAAGUGUCACUGUCAGGUGAACAACUCACUGAGAAAGAAGGAGAACGAGGUGGAAAAGGAAUUUGAAGACUGCAGAAAGAUGAACUCUAGUUUGGUCAGAGAACUAGAUGAGAUACAAGCAGGACUUGGAAGAUACUUGAAAUUCGACCAAAUACAAUCCGACUUUGUUGCAUCUUCCACCAGUGGAGCUGAGCAGGUUAAUCAAGAACAUAAACAUUCAAAGUUAGAAACAAUGUCUACUAUUGGUGAAAACAAAGAGGAAGUGGCCUUCUCAGAGAGUAAAAAGUUCAGUUGUAUCAAUGGUGAUACAGACAAUCCUGAUGGCAAUAGGGUCUGGAGGAUAAAUGAAUCACAGGAUGUGCUAGAGGAGAACGGUAGAUCCAUGAAACUGCAGAACAACAAAAGUAGUAUGGGAAGAGAAGUUGUUCCUAGGAUAGAAGGUCAUGAGUUUGAGUUAAGCGGCAUGGUCAAUAACACAGAUGCUGUAAUGAAGGCUGAUGAGGGGGCAGACAGGUCAGUCAUGCAGUUCAAGUUGAGGAAAGUAAUUAAGGACCUCGAGGAGGCCAAAACACUCAAUAGUCAAUAUGAAAAAGAGCAGAAGAUACUUUUAUCUCAACAACAAGAUAUUGAAGUAGUCCGCGAGCAAGUCGAGACAGAAACGGCUAGAACAAUUCUUGAGCUGCAGGAAGAGGUGAUUGCUCUCGAGUCUGAAUUUGAAGGAAGAAUCUGUAAAUUGACUGAAGAAAAUCAAUCGAUGAGAGAUACUAUAACUGCUAGAGAGUCAGAAAUAAGAGCACUUAACCAAGACUGGGAAAAGGCCACCUUAGAACUAACAAAUUUCAUUGUGGAUGGGUCUAAAUCCAUCACAGAUGCCUCUACACAGAUUGAAAGUAUUGUCUGUUCAUUUCCACAUGUGAAUACGUGGAUAGGAGAUUAUGUUGAAAAGGCUGCAAAAGAUUGUAUAAGAAAGGAAGAAACAAUUUUACUUCUUCAGAAAAGCUUGGAGGAUGCAAGGAUAUUGUUAGCAGAGAUGGAUUUGAAGCUGAAUUGCUUAAAGGGUGCAACAAUUGCUCUCAACCAAUUUCAACUGGAUGGCAAUGCUGCAGCCACCGAAGAGAGUUUCCGCGUGAGCACUGAAUUAGACAGGAUGAGCAAGGAGGUAGACACGCUUGAGAAUGACUUAAAUGCAACGCAGUGUUCUAUUCUAGAGGCAGAGCGACAUGCUGAGGCUGCAAUUUCUGUUAAAAAAUGGCUUUCGGACUCUAGAAAUCAACACCAAGUGCCGAAAAAAGUAGAAAAUCAAUCGGUUAAAGAAAGCGGCCCCUCAAGUUCAGUCUUGGCUUCUCUUAGUGCGGAAGGGAGUGCUGAUAUUAAAUUUUCAAUGGAUGGAUAUAUAAGUGAAGCAACAUAUACAAAGGGUGAUGAGCUUUCAACAUCAAGCUCUGACUUUUCAAACUGCAGAUUGCAACAUGAUUGUGCAUUGAACGCAGAGGGCCAAGGAGUUUCAGCUUCUGAAUCUGACGCCCAGGAAAUUCAUAACAGGACCACAUCAGCAGCUUUGUUGGUCAAGAGUGGUUCUGAAGAUUGUGUUUACUGCGGAGAGGGAAGGCAGACUGUACAGAGGCCAUUAACGAUAAUGAUGGGUAGAGCAGAAACGGAACGCAAAUGCAGUAACCAAAGAAUGGAUCCAGUGAGAAGCUUCUUCGAUCGAUUUGAGGCAGUUAAUGCUACCAUGAAAGAAGCUGAUCUCACACUAUGUGAAUUAGUAAAGGCCAACGAAAAAUCAAAAUUUGUAACUGGAAUGUGCCUUCAAACGCAUGAAGAGCAGAUGGUUAAGGAGAAAAAUCUGAUGGAUGAUCUUGAACAGGUGAAGUCUACACUAUUGGCAAAAGAACAGGAAAGUCAAAUCCUGCUAAUGCAAACACAAUCGACUUUGGCUGACAUGGAAAAGUCAGUGUCUUUGCUUGAAGCAUAUCUUCUGGAAACGAAAAGAGAAGUAGGAGAAACAGUAGAGGCCUUAGUUUCUGAUGUUGAACAGAUUGUAUCUGAAAACAUGGAGAGAGAGUUCACCAUGUAUGCAACAUAUCAGUGCCACAUUGGGAAACUGAUGGAUCAAAUUUUGGACCACAGAAAACAGGUUAUCAUUCCCCAAGUUGCGGGGCAAGAAAACCAACAGUCAAUGAAAACGAAGGCCAUUGGGUACAGUGCUGAAGAUGAAGUUACGGGAAAGCUAAAUAGAGUUCACAAAGCUCAUGUGGUCUCAGGUUUCGAAGGUGAAGAAGUUGUUCAGACACAUGAAGGCCUGUUAAAUGAGAAUUUUUAUCUGAAAAAGGAGCUGGAGAGAAAAGAAGCUUUGUUUGAAGGUUUGCUUUUUGAUUUUCGGCUACUCCAGGAAUCAGCAUCAAAUAAAAGAGAUAUCAAAGAUGAAAUGGAUGAGCUGUUUGACGCGUUAUGCAAAGUUCAGAAAGAUUUGGAGGUGAAAGCGAAUCAAGUUCAAGCUCUUUUUGUUCAUAAUGAGAAUCUCGAAAAUUGCUGCAUUGACUUGAAAAAAGCUCUUCUUACGUCGAAGGCAGAUCUAGAGCAGGCCAACGAAAGCAUACAAGUUCUUGAGGAGCAGAACGAUGAGUUAAACGUCCUCGUCAGAGACCUCUGUAUGGAAAAGGUUGCAGCUGAAGAGGGAUUGGAAGAACAAAAAGAGCUUGUCCAAAGGUUAGAAAACGAAAUCCUUCACUUGACUACUACAGCAGAAAAGCAGUUGGUCAAAUCCAUCGAAGAAAACUUGAGGAAAACCAGCGAUGAGAAAGAUCAACUUGUUGAGGAAAUAUGUUCAUUGAAUGAUAAGCUCAAGUUGGCGUAUGCUAUAGCUGAUGAAAAAGAAGCAAUUGCGGUAGAGGCUCGCCAGGAAUCUGAAGCGAGUAAAAUAUAUGCGGAACAAAAGGAAGAAGAGGUCAAGAUUCUAGAAAUUUCUGUUGAGGAACUUGAGCGUACUGUAAAUAUAUUAGAACGACGGGUGUAUGAUAUGGAUGAGGAAGUUAAAAGGCAUCGCACAUUAGAGACAGAGCUCCAAGCUCUCAGGCAGAGAUUGUUUAGAUUUGAGGACCUCACUGGCACUGUGGUCACAACCACUGAAGGCAGAGAUGAAUAUGAGAGUCAACUAUCUACGUCAAAAGAGCUGCAAGGUGCGCAUGGUCAGAUACAAGUCCUCCAGAAAGAAGUAGCAGAACAAACCAAAGAGAUUAAACAGCUAAAAGAGUACAUCUCCGAAAUUUUACUGCAUUCGGAGGCCCAAGCAUCUAAUUACCAGGAGAAGUAUAAGACUCUGGAGGUCAUGAUUCGGGACUUUAAAUUAGAGGACUCGAAUUCGUCAGCUGCAGAGACCGCCAUAUCACAUAAAACUGACAAAAGCUCAACAAGGAGCAGAGGUUCAAGUUCACCCUUUAGAUGUAUAGUUGGGUUGGUACAACAGAUGAAGUUGGAGAAGGAUCAGGAAUUGACCAUGGCAAGAGUUCGUGUUGAAGAAUUGGAGUCACUGCUAGCUGCUAAACAGAAAGAGGUUUGCACAUUGAACACGAGGAUAGCUGCAGCCGAUAGCAUGACUCAUGAUGUUAUUCGAGAUUUACUUGGUGUGAAAAUGGAUAUAACUAGCUAUGCUGAAUUGAUUGACCAGCACCAGAUCCAAAGAGUGGUUGAAGAGGCUAAGCAACAUGCUGAAGAGAUCAUGUCCAAGGACCAAGAAAUCAUCAACCUGAAGAGACAUAUAGAUGCUCUUGUUAAGGAAAGAGAGAGUUGCAUGUCAGAGUUGAACAAGAAGGAUACAGAUGUUCUUGCGACACAGAUAUCUUUGGACCAACUACAAGAGCGAGCUCAGUUGCUUUCUUUGCAAAACGAAAUGUUGAAGAAUGACAAGAGCAAUUUGCUGAAGAAGUUAGCUGAACUUGAACGAACUGUCCGCGAGGCAGGAGCCAGUAACCAACGUGUUCCACAGACAAAAAAGGAUACAGUGUCAUUUAAACUUGCUGAUACUGAUUAUACCAAGAGACUGGAAAACGCUCAGAAGCUUCUUUCUCAUGCUAACAAUGAAUUGGCAAAGUAUCGCAAAACCAGCAAUAAUAUUCCAUCUACAAGAACUCAAGGACAGAGCUCUGGUACAAGAUAUCGGUAAGAGAUUUUCUUACCAAGCUGUAAGUCCCACGUCCAAUUCUAAUUGCUUUAAUACUUUGGGAUGUUGUCUUCUUAAUCUUUUGGAUUGAUUGUGUAUAAGAAUGCAUAUACCAUGUUGUUUGUAUUGGUAUGUUUAUAUUUGUAUGAAAGAAGAGAACAAACUUGUAACCAAAAGAUUAGGGGUUGUUAGAAGCAAUGUGCCAAAAAAGACAAAAAGAUUCUCAUGUC